UCAAUCGAAAAGAACAAAAAAAGAGAGAAACCAGCCUACAGAUUACACAGAUUAGAUCUAGCCAUUGCUUUUCUCCCUUUCCCCCUCUCUCUCUCACACAUUCACACAGAAUCGUUCUUCAUUUGCCGACUAUCACUGAGCUUCUUCUACAGAUCUCAGCUAUGGAAAUGUGAGGCGUUUUUCUCAGCUCAGAGAGGAGGUAAAAGAGUUCCAAAGUGUCCCUUUGCAAUUUGUGAGUAGGUGGAUACUAUUGAAUCAGAAGCUGUUGGCGAAAAGGAUUUUGUUGCAUUGUGCCCUCAAAGCCGACUUGCCCAUGGCGUCAGAGCAGAUAAGGUUUCUGCAGCCGCAGCAAGCACGGGCAUCUCGGCGCAAGAGGUGGGGAGGUUGUUGGACUGGACUUUCUUGUUUUGGUAAAAAUAAAGGUGGGAAACGGAUCGUGCCUGCAUCAAGAAUGCCCGAAGGCAACCAAGCGUCGAAUCAGCCAAACGGGCCUCAAGCCGUUGGACUGCCUAAUCAGACAACUGGAAUCCCUCAAUCACUUUAUGCUCCUCCGUCUUCGCCUGCUUCCUUCUCAAAUUCCGCACUCCAGUCUACAGCUCAGUCGCCCAGCUGUUUCUUGUCUGCCAACUCACCCGGUAAUCCGUCGUCUACUAUGUUUGUCACAGGUCCAUACGCCCACGAGACGCAGCUGGUAUCUCCUCCUGUGUUCUCGACUUUCACAACCGAGCCAUCUACAGCUCCUUUAACUCCUCCGCCUGAGUUGGCGCAUUUGACUACUCCGUCUUCACCCGACGUGCCUUACGCCCAUUUCCUGUCGUCGUCCGCCAAUAUGAAAGGCGCUGAUAAGCACAGUUACUUCGCUGCAAAUGAUCUUCACUCCACGUAUUCGCUCUACCCCGGAAGCCCAGCCAGUGCCCUCAGAUCGCCUGUUUCUAGAACGCCCGAGAAGGAGUUCCCCUCUCACUGGAGUCCUUCGAUCCCUUCGAAAGAGCCUGUGUACUCAAAAUCCGGGUCGGGCCGGUAUAUCGCGAUCGAGGCCGGCGGUGCCGGAAAAUCGCGCCAGGAUUCCAAUUUCUUCUGCCCCGAGACGUUCGCGCAGUUCUACCUCGACCAGUCGUCGCUUUCUCAUUCCGGUGGUCGGAUAAGCGUCUCCCGAGAAACGGAUGCUUACUCGAAUGCCGGAAAUGGCCACCAAAACAGGCAGCCAAAAGUUCCCAAACCUGAUCCUGAGGAACUGGAAGCUUAUAGGGCUUCUUUUGGAUUCAGUGCUGACGAAAUCGUCACCACAACACAUUAUGUCGAGAUAUCAAACGUGUCGGAUGAGUCCUUCAGCAUGAACCCUCUCACGCCCGACAAAUCAUCCGGGGACGGAAACAUCUUAAAUGCAGGAUUCGCUCAUCUCGAAGAUCAAGGCCCAGAAAAGCACAGUUCUGGGCGAGGGCUGCCAACGAGCCCCCUCCUAAGCGAUGAUGAGGACAUAUACUCGAAGAUGGGGGCUCCUAGAAACGGCCGGAAAUACCAGUUUGGUUCGUCCAAUUCUGAUGCGGAGAUUGAGUACAGGCGAGGGCGGAGCCUGAGGGAGGAGCGCAGCUGGCGGCAAAGCUGAGGCUGCUACGAACGCCCAAAAAUGGCCCGUGUAUGUAUUUGCAGCUGUUCUAUUAUAUUUAUCAUUGUGUCAAUGAUUUAGCAUGUGAUGAUGAUCCAACCUUGCUUUUGUGUGAGAGCUGUUUAGUAUAAAUUCUGAAGAGUGUCUGUUACAUAUAUAUAUUUAUAUAAAUUCAAGAAUUAUGCAAGUAAGUGUAGAGACUGCAAAAUUUGGCAUAGUUCAGUUGGAGAAAGAAUACAAUGUGCACCCUUUUUGUAUGUAAAUCUUAAUAUAUGCAUCACUUCAAAUUUGCUAGUGGAA